AUGGGGGUUGAAAAGUUUUGCAGCCCGAACAGUUCCGAUCCGUUAUGGGACUGGAACCUUACUUGGCAUAUUUCUAAUCCAGACUUCACACAGUGUUUCCAAAACACUGUCCUGGUGUGGGUGCCAUGCCUCUACCUCUGGAUUUGUGCCCCUGUGUACCUCAUCUACCUCCGGUGCAAUGAUCGUGGCUACAUAUGUAUGAGUUACCUUAACAAAGCAAAAACUGCUGUUGGCUUUCUAUUGUGGAUCAUCUGCUGGUCAGAUGUGUUUUAUACUUUCUGGGAAAGGAGUCACAACAGCAGUGUUUCGGCACCCGUUCACCUCAUCAGUCCAACCUUACUGGGCCUCACCAUGUUGCUGAGCACCCUGAUAAUCCAGUACGAACGGCUGAAAGGAGUCCAGUCAUCUGGAGUCAUGCUGAUCUUCUGGCUGCUGAUUUUGCUGUGUGCCACAAUCCCCUUCAGGUCCAAGAUCCUCCAGGCGCUGAAUCAACCAGAGAUGGUCUGUAUAUGGAGAUAUACCACCUUCUAUAUAUACUAUGCUCUGCUGCUGAUAGCUCUGAUCCUAUCCGCUCUGACUGAUCGACCGCCGCUCUUCUCCCAGGCAGUCAAAGACACAAAUCCAUGUCCUGAGCCCGGAGCUUCUUUUCUCUCUAGAAUAACCUUCUGGUGGAUCACAAGGAUGAUGGUGACUGGAUACAGACGCCCACUGGAGGAGAAAGAUUUAUGGUCUUUGAAUGCUGAGGACUGUUCACACAAAGUGGUGCCCCAGCUGGUGCACUGCUGGAACUCAGAAUGCCAAAAGGUCAAGAGGUCAGAACAUAAAACCAUAUACUCCCUGAGACCAGCACCUCACGGUGAGAGAAAAGAAGCUGAUGCUGUGGAAGAAGCUGAAAUCUUGAUCAAGUCUUCCAAGAAAACAAAAGAGCCCUCCUUGUUCUGGGCCCUGUGUCUGACCUUCGGUCCCUACUUUCUCAUCUCCUGCCUCUAUAAGAUCAUCCAGGACAUUCUCAUGUUUGUUGGGCCUGAGAUUCUCCGACUGCUUAUCCACUUUGUGAAUGACUCCAGCGCCCCCUCCUGGCAGGGCUUCUUCUACACAGCUCUACUCUUCAUCUGUACAUGUGUGCAGUCACUGAUUCUCCAGAAGUACUUCCAUGUCUGCUUUGUUUCAGGCAUGCGUCUGCGCACCGCCAUCAUUGGCGCCGUCUACAGGAAGGCCUUGGUCAUCAGCAAUACAGCUCGCCGCACAUCAACAGUGGGAGAGAUCGUCAACCUGAUGUCUGUGGAUGCUCAGCGCUUCAUGGACCUCAUUACUUACAUCAACAUGAUUUGGUCUGCUCCUCUGCAGGUGGUGCUGGCCCUCUACUUCCUCUGGCAGAACCUGGGUCCGUCCGUCCUGGCUGGAGUGGCUGUGAUGGUUCUGAUGGUUCCCAUUAAUGCUGUGAUUGCCAUGAAAACCAAAACAUACCAGGUGGCUCAGAUGAAGAGCAAAGACAAUCGCAUAAAACUGAUGAAUGAGAUGCUGAACGGCAUCAAAGUUCUGAAGCUCUAUGCCUGGGAGCUGGCCUUCCAAGGCAAGGUGUCAGAAAUCCGCGAGGGUGAGCUGCGAGUCCUAAAAAAGGCUGCUUAUCUGGGUGCAAUGUCCACCUUCACCUGGAUCUGUGCGCCCUUCCUGGUUGCCCUGUCCACUUUCUCUGUGUACGUGCUGAUUGACGAGCAGAAUGUGCUGGAUGCCCAGAAGGCCUUUGUGUCACUGGCACUCUUCAACAUUCUGCGUUUUCCUCUGAACAUGCUGCCAAUGGUCAUCAGCAGCAUGGUGCAGGCCAGUGUGUCCCUGAAGAGGCUCAGGGUGUUUCUGUCACACGAGGAGCUGCAGGAAGACAGUGUGGAACACAAAACACUCGCUGGCUCCCCAAACAGUGUGUCUAUAGUGGAUGGUGUCUUCAGCUGGUCCAAAACUGAAUCUCCAACACUGAAGAGGCUGAAUGUGUGCAUCCCUGAAGGCAGUCUGGUGGCUGUUGUGGGUCUUGUUGGCUCAGGAAAGUCCUCCCUGCUCUCUGUUCUCCUUGGGGAGAUGGACAAACUGGAAGGAAGUGUGGCUGUCAAGGAUUUUACUCACUUUUUUUUGACAAUUUACUUCUACUUCUUGACACUUUAUCACUGCUUAUUUGUGUGCAGCAGUGCAGGAUCUGAAAUGUCUCCAAAGAUCAAAGACAACAAGGAUCUGGUUAAGAAGACCAAGAACCCUGAGGUGGGGAAGCUGACUGAAGCCGACAAGGCUAGCACUGGGCGGGUCAAGCUGUCUGUCUUCUGGGCCUAUCUGAAAGCUAUUGGAGUUCUCCUGUCCUUCAUCAGUCUGCUGCUGUUCCUCACCCAUCACCUACUCUCUCUGUUCUCCAAUUACUGGCUGAGCCUGUGGACCGACGACCCUGUAGUGAAUGGCACUCAGCCUAACAGAUCAAUGAGGCUGGGGGUGUACGGUGGUCUCGGCUUGACCCAAGGUGUGGCAGUCUUUGGUUACUCUCUCUCCAUGUCCAUCGGGGGCAUCCUGGCGUCCCGUUACCUCCACCAGUCCCUGCUGUGUGACGUCCUGCGCUCACCCAUGUCCUUCUUUGAGCGGACCCCAAGUGGAAAUCUGGUCAACCGCUUUGCCAAAGAGAUGGACACCAUCGACUCAGUGAUCCCUAUGAUUAUUAAAAUGUUCUUGGGAUCAAUGUUCAACGUAAUGGGCUCUUGUGUAAUCAUCCUGAUGGCCACUCCACUGGUGGCUAUUAUCAUUCCUUUCCUUGGACUGCUUUACUUUUUUGUACAGAGAUUUUAUGUGGCGAGUUCUCGGCAGCUGAAGCGUCUGGAGUCCGUCAGUCGUUCGCCCAUCUACACGCACUUCAAUGAGACGCUGCUGGGCACCUCAGUCAUCCGAGCUUUUGGGGAACAGCAGAGAUUUAUCUGUGAAAGUGACAAACGAGUGGACCACAAUCAGAAGGCGUACUACCCGAGCAUAGUAGCCAACAGGUGGCUGGCCAUCCGCCUGGAGUUUGUAGGAAACUGCAUUGUGUCAUUUGCUGCGUUGUUCGCUGUUAUAGCCAGAGAAAGUCUGAGUCCAGGCAUUAUGGGACUAUCUAUCUCCUACGCCUUGCAGCUCACUGCCUCACUGACCUGGCUGGUGAGAAUGUCUUCUGAUGUGGAGACUAACAUUGUGGCCGUGGAAAAAGUAAAAGAGUACUGCGACACAGACAAAGAGGGUUCUGUGGCCUACGUUCCCCAGCAGGCCUGGAUCCAGAACGCUACGCUGAAAGAGAACAUCAUAUUUGGUCAGGAGCAGAGGGAAGAUUGGUAUCAGCAGGUGGUGGAGGCCUGCGCCCUCCAGCCUGACCUGGAGAUCCUCCCUGCUGGAGAUGAGACUGAGAUCGGAGAAAAGGGGGUGAAUCUGUCUGGGGGUCAGAAGCAAAGGGUGAGCCUGGCCAGGGCUGUUUACUGUGACCGAGCCGUCUACCUGCUGGAUGACCCGCUGUCUGCUGUGGACGCUCAUGUAGGAAAACACAUCUUUGAUCACGUCGUCGGCCCACAGGGUCUGCUAAAAGACAAGACCCGUGUGCUGGUGACCCACGGGUUGAGCUACCUACCGCAGACUGACCUGAUCCUGGUCAUGGUGGAGGGAGAAAUCACAGAGGUGGGCUCCUACCAGCAGCUCAUGGCCAAAGAUGGUGCCUUUGCUGAGUUCCAGCGGACGUACGCUUCUGUCGACCAAACUGAAGACAUAGCUGACAUGCAGCUCGUUUUAACACGCGAUGUCUCUGUUUCUAAUUUGAAAAUCGGUGACAAUGUUGGGAUCGUGGGACGCACCGGUGCAGGCAAAUCCUCCUUGACUCUUGGUCUGUUCCGGAUCAUUGAGGCGGCAGAGGGACACAUCCUCAUUGAUGGAGUGGACAUUGCUAAACUUGGCCUCCAUGAGCUUCGCUCCAGAAUCACCAUCAUACCUCAGGACCCCGUGCUGUUCUCAGGCUCUUUGAGGAUGAACUUGGAUCCGUUUGACUUUUAUUCUGAUGAGGACAUAUGGAAAGCUCUGGAGUUCUCUCAUCUCAAGAGCUUUGUGUCAGGUCUGCCUGGCCAACUCAGCCAUGAGUGUAGUGAAGGAGGAGAGAAUCUCAGUGUGGGUCAGCGGCAGCUGCUGUGUCUGGCUCGAGCUCUUCUGAGGAAGACAAAGGUCCUGGUACUAGAUGAAGCCACUGCUGCUGUAGACAUGGAGACAGACAACCUGAUCCAGUCCACAAUACGCUCCCAGUUUGAAGACUGCACCGUCCUCACUAUAGCUCAUCGCCUCAACACCAUCAUGGACUACACAAGGGUUCUGGUUUUGGAGAAAGGAGAGAUGGCAGAGUUUGACUCCCCCUCCAGCCUCAUCAGUCAGAAGGGAGCGUUUUACAGGAUGGCCAAGGACGCCGGUCUAGUCUGA